ACCUAUGUGGCUUGAUUGUGUUUUAUCUUGAAGGAUUUAGGACGGAAGUGUAGCAUUUUACCACCUGAAUAGUAAUUUUGCUCUGUGUGUGUGUUUGUGUGUGUGUGUGUGUGAGAGAGAGAGAGAGAGAGAGAAAAGGAAGAAAAGAGGGUCGCCAAUAGUGAAGUGCUGCUGGGUUGGAAGAAGGGUACGAGGUACUUUUUUAAAAUUAUUAUUGUUCGUACACUCUGCCCGUUUCCACCUUCUGGCGAAAGGUUGAACGGUUAAAAUGGAGGCGGACAGAUCCGGUGGAGGACCAAACCCGAACUCCGGAGGCGGCGGCAGCAGCAGCAGCAGCAGCAGCAGCGGAGCGGGGCGCAACCCAAACGGGCCCAAAGCAGCACCGGGCCAGGCGACAUCAGCUGCGGUGACCGGGGCGAUGGCAGCAGCAGCAGCAGCGGCGGCGGCGGCGGCGGCGACCGGGGCCAUGCCCGGAUCGGCGCAGACUCGGGAGCUGCAGGACGGGGACUCGGGUAUGACGCUUCCUGGGAUCCUGCACUUCAUCCAGUACGAGUGGGGACGCUUCCAGGCCGAGAAAUACCGCUGGGAGGCUGAGAGGGACGAACUCAGGGCUCAGGUGGCGUUCCUACAGGGUGAGAGGAAAGGGCAGGAAAAUAUGAAACAGGACCUGGUGAGGCGGAUCAAAAUGCUGGAGUACGCCCUCAAACAGGAGAGGGCCAAGCACCAGAAGUUGAAGACAGGAAAUGACCAGAGUCUCGGAGAUAAGAAACCAGAGACAGAGGCAGACCAGCUUCCCAAUGGGCCGGCUGAGUCAGACUCUGAGCCAGCCAAUCAGAUGUCCUGGAAGGAGGGACGUCAGCUACUACGCAAAUAUCUUGAAGAAGUGGGUUAUUCAGACACGAUCCUGGACAUGCGGUCUAAGCGAGUGCGGUCUCUGCUCGGACGGAGCAGCCCAGAGGCUAAUGGGCCUCCGCCCAGUGAAACCUGCCCUGAGCCUGAAUCCCGGGCAGGUGGAGAGUCGUUGUUGGUCAGACAGAUAGAGGAGCAAAUCAAGAGAAAUGUCAGUGAAAAAAUAGCACAUCCUGAUCUCAAAAGCCAACAGAACAAGAUGCACAAAAGAGGUCUAAAACGGAGGGCUUCCUCCAUCAUGCGAACAUGGAACGCGGGCAAGGAAAGCUCUAAGGAACGUCUGGGUGGCUCUGUGCUCGAUAAGAUCCCCUUCCUGCAUGGCUGUGAGGAUGAUGAUGAAGAUGACAGUGACGAGGAAGAUGACUUCCAAGGCAUGGCCACUGACUGCAUUGAUGGACCGCGCAAAAACAAGAAGUCUCGCGUAAAGAUGGGUUCAGAGCCCAUGACCACCGACCUGGACCCCGAGGACGAGGAGGACGAAGACGACUCGGAAGAUGCCCUCAGUGAAUUUGACUUCCUGGGCUCGGGGGAGGAUGGGGAGGGGGCGGGAGAGGCCCGGAUCUCAGGGGAUGGACGGGAGUUAGAGAACCGCAGGAACAAGUUACAAGGCAUGAUGUCGGACUUCCCCCCUAAACCCACCCCGCCCCCUUCUGUAUCGGGACAGGCUCGCUCUGGAGAAGGUGGCGCCCUGGGUUUCUCCUCUGACGUCUUCAUUAUGGAUGCCGUUGGCGGAGGGGACAUGAACCUUGGUGAACUGGCUGAUCUCACGGUCGCCAAUGACAAUGAUCUCUCCAUGGAUAUGCAGGAUAACAGAGAGGAGUUCAAGAAGACGUGGAACCCUCGUUUUACACUACGCAGCCACUUUGAUGCCAUCCGCGCUUUGACAUUUCACCCCAGCCAAGCAGUGAUGCUCACAGCUUCUGAGGAUGGAACACUAAAACUGUGGAACCUCAACAAGGCCAUGCACUCUAAAAAGAACGCGGCGUUGGAUGUUGAGCCAAUCUACACAUUUAGAGCGCACAGUGGGGCCGUUCUGUCACUGACCAUGGGUGAGGACGGAGACUCCUGCUUCAGCGGAGGUCUAGACGGAACUGUGAGAUGUUGGAAGAUGCCAGACCUCAACGUGGAUCCUUAUGAUAACUAUGAUCCUGGCAUCGAGAGCAGUGUACUAGCAGGCCAUGAGGACAGUGUGUGGGGUCUAACUUACUCGGCAGUCCACCAUCGUCUUGCCUCAUGCUCAGCCGAUGGCACCAUUCGCAUCUGGGACCCUCAGAACUCGGCCCCCUGCCUGUCUGUCUUCAAUAAGGAGAGAGAGCAUGGAACACCCACCUCAGUGGCCUUCGUGGCUGCUGACCCCAACCAGGUGGUGGUGUCAUUUGACGGCGGUGAGACGCUGCUCUACGACCUAAACACAGAGCAGAGCACCACUGCGCUGGAGACGCAGACAAAGGAUGGCAGUGAACUGAUCAACAGAGUGGUCAGUCACCCAUCUGAGCCCAUCUCCAUCACUGCACAUGAGAACCGCACCAUCCGCUUUCUAGACAACAAGACAGGUAAGGUUGUCCACUCUAUGGUGGCUCACCUGGAUGCGGUCACCUGUCUCACUACAGACCCUAAAGGCACUUACCUCAUCUCUGGCAGCCACGACUGCUCUGUGCGCCUGUGGAUGCUGGACAACAGGACGUGUGUGCAGGAGAUCACGGCCCAUAGGAAGAAGCACGACGAGGCCAUUCAUGACGUGGCGUUCCACCCUUCGCAGCCCUUCAUUGCCAGUGCUGGCGCAGAUGCACUUGCCAAGAUCUUUGUCUGACAGCACUGCCGUCGUUCUGGUGAGAAUCCUACAAAAAAAAAAAUAACUGGGCCAAAAGAGACUGAAGACUACAGUGGACAAAUUUCACCUGCUUACACACACACACACACACACACACACACACACACACACACACACACACACACACACACACACACACACACACACACACACACACACACACACACACACACACACACACACACACACACACUUGUUCUGCACCCCACUGGCUGGGUCAUCGCCACAGGACCCCACCUCCCAUCAAUCCCUCCCUGUUCUCCGAUGCCUCAGUGACUUCUUGUAAUACUAACCACACUGCUUUUUUAUAACUUUAAAAAUCCUGGCUGCUCCGUUUUCAAAUAAUCAUGUUUGGAGUAACACUUUUCUACACUACAAUAUUCUGUUCUGCUUUUUUGUCAGUCUACCAACUAUUAACACCGUGUUUGUGCACUUGAACUGCUGACACACUACUCACAUUUUACAGAGAACCACCAAGGAGGCGCUCACUCUGCAAAGCAGUUAACAAAUUGCUUGUGGCUAACAUACGUAUGUAGGCACGACUAACAACAGUAACCUUUCCCAGCAUCUGCAGAAAACACCUGACCAACCUCUUCAUCGGGAAUCAAUGUUUUACAUUCCAAAGACUCCGGGUAGAGUGUGUGCGAUGUUGCAUAUGGGGUUGGUGAAUGUUAAACUUAGCAGUGUGUGAUGUGAGGAGGCAUCAGACAGUCGCUAACUAGUGCUGAACAAAUAGCUUUAAGUUCAACUGUAUGGCCAAGACACCAAGUCUCAUUGUACGUCUGAGUAUUAUAGAGUCCCCAUGAUUCUGCCUCUACUUAUGUGUGUGUACAUGUGAGAUUUGAAGUCACUCUGCCGUACAAGAUAAAGGAACACGUUUCCGCAGUCAUGAACCAUUUCUGCAGAUGUAUAGAUUGAACUCAACUCUGCAGACUGAUGCUCUCACAUCACAUUAACCAGCUAAAGAUAGACACCAUGAGAGCACAGUUAAGGACUGCAGACUAAAGAGGUGUGAAGCUAGUCUGUCUGCUCUCAACAAAUGACGCAGAUGUGUCAUUUGCUGCUUUUUACUGUACAGAAGAGUGUGCAUGUGUGUUUGUAUAUGCACUAGUUAAAUCACGGUGCUAUGAAAGACCUUGUCAGUCUUGAGUCAGAAUCAGGGACUUGUUUUGUGUGUGUGUGUGAGUGUGAGAAUGAGAGACUGUUUCUCACUCAUCGGGCUAUAGAUCCACAAAGAGUGAAUCGACAUUUUAAAUGACAUUUCAUCCUUGAAUCAUUUCAUUAACUGUAGUCACAUUUCAGAAUUAAGGUUCACUGUUCAUUUUUCUCAUUAGAGGGAUGUGAAUAAUGUCGGAGUGUACAGAGCUGAUGGUAAUUACAUUACAGCCAGGACCACCUGGACUGAAAAAGGUUUCCUGAGACGGUUCAGAUCGUCUUUUUAAUUUCAUCUUGAAGUCAGUUGCCGGAUUGUUGGCGGCUCUGGCUUGUUAUUUAUUCAGGCUUUCAAAAAAAAAUAAGCUUGACAUUACAUUCACUUGUGUGUUAAUGUGAGGUUUCCUCUUCUGGUGUGACGUGCAUCAGUCGCACGGUAGUACGUUACCCAGAAAGCUAAUGAUGUGAAGCUGCUCUCUUUCUGAAGAGGCAUUCUGGGAGAAAUUGCUCCAGGGGAAAGGUCCAUUUUAAAUUCACACACUUUUGUCAUUUCAGCAAGAAAAAUAGAAAGUAUUGAUUUAAGAUGCGUGGUUGUCAGUUAAUAUUAGACCAGGCACCUAAUCUGUCUUGCCGAUCUGUUAUGGUUCUUCUAUUUUGAACAUAACCCAUAACAAUUGGCUUAGAUGGAAACAUUGUUGUUCCUUUGAGACACCUCACAUUUAUUUAUAUUCCUGUCCUGCAUUUAUACUGGUAACGGCCUGACACGUUAGAAUGCUUCGGGUAAAAGUUGCCCAGCAACGGCUGACCUGACUUCAAAUUACUUGACAUUUUAUUUUACCUUUAGCUUGAGAGGACUGAUGCAAUCUGGUGUUAAAUCAGUUGGUUACGGGGCACCCUCCAACUCUUCAAGAUUACAGGGUCACACUAGGGGUCAGAGGUCAUAUCUCUAGGGUUGCCUAGAGGUAUACACUCCUUUCCUAAUCACUGUGGACACUAGCAUUAAUAGUGCCGAUAUCUUUUUUCCUGAAUCAGAGUGGUGGACUGUUGUCUGAAAUAGAAAAAGAGAAUAUCAGUGUGCAACUAUAUUAUUGUACUGCUGCUGGGCAUAACGUCCUGUUAUCUCAUUUAACUACUAUUUGCGUCCACUUUGCACUACAUCUAAGAGUGGAUACUUUUGUGUGGAGUGGUUACAGACAGGGUGCAGAAAUAAUGUUUUGCAGGUAUUUCUUAUACAAUCUGGAGUAAGUAAGUGUGGAACCUGCUGCGACUCGGUUAUUUGAGAAUGAGAGCUACUGAUGGCCAGCCGAUUCUUUCGUUUCACUCUGAGCUGCUAUGGCCCCUCUCUGAGAAUAAAGACAAAUCAGUAUGACACAUCAAAAAAGAAAUCAAAACCGAGGUUGUAAAUGAUGACUAGAGAUGCCAUUAUGUGCUGUAAAUGUCCAUCAUUUCCUUGUUUUCUUUCUUGCAUUUCUUUUCUUUGAGUAUGAAUAUGAUUAUUAAGAUGUAAGAAUACUGUAGUAUCAUAAGUGAAUCAUUCUUCCUUGCUAGGCAUAGAACUUGCUUGUGAUUGAUAAUGGCAAUGUAUAACUUGUAAAAAAAGCAAAAUCAUUAAAAAACAUGAAAAAUUAAGAAAACAACAAAAAAAUCUGUUACCAGUCAGAGGCCAAGGUAAAGGACUCUCAUUUCUUUGUGUUUUUAUUUUUUUAUUAGCAAUUUAUCACUGUGUGAUAUUUUGUACAUCAUAUUAAGCUGUAUUCAAACUAUUUCCUCUAACUACAAGGGAUAGGAGACCUGCUUUUUAUUAAUUUUGUUUUAUUAUAUAUUUUUGAACUGCAUUCUAGCUUGUAUCAAAUGACUUUCUCUUUUUGUUUACGGGUCCCCUGUUGUAUGUCAUUAAGGAAGAAAAAAACAAAAAAUGAAGAUUUUGUACAGUGAAUUGA